GUCCUCAUUACCCAUGAUUAUUUUGACCUAAAAGCCCCAAAUUCUUGUCCUUUCUUUUCCUUUUUACCCUUCUUGAGUUUUAUUAAUGAUGAUUAGCGACACUAAUCAGUGAUUAUCACUUAAAAACCACCCUCUGUCGCCCGCCAUAAGCUCUUCUUCAGUGACGAGUUGAUGUAUUGGCUCGAUCUCUCUCUCUGUUUCCCAGCGAGCUAGUGUGAUGAGAAGCGUUUGAAAAUGCCGGAGCCGGGGUUUCAAGAUCAGAACCUUUCGUUGAGAUCGAGUCUCAGGCCUCGCGAUGCUAGUCCCGACUCUGUGAUUUUCACUCUGGAAUCCAAUUUCAGCGUGUUCUCCUCCGCUUCUGCCAGCGUUGACCGCUGUUCCUUUGCUUCCGACGGUCACGAUCAAGACUCUCUCGUCUCUGAAAUCUCCCAGCAUUUGGCAGGACAUGAUGUCUGUGAGAGUUCGAGUGGUCCAGAUCUAGAUCCAAACAAGUCUACAGUACACAAGAGCAGUCGCCUGACCAGAAAAGCCGAAAAAACAAAAGGCUACGGAGGAGAAACAGAGGACGAAGCGUAUCCCCAAGAUUCAGCUAGAAGCUCCUUCUCUCAAGCUAUCAAAGAAUGCCGGGAACGAAGAUCCAGAUCUGAAGCAGUAUCGAAGAAACCAGACAGGCGAAGACCUGCUUCGCUAGAUCUGAACAAUGCUACAACCUCUUCGCCUAGACUGGGAGUCAUGAAGAAAAGCUCAGUUUCAUCUCGACAUCCCGGUACUUUUCCGAGCCCCGGCACGCCGAACUAUCGGCACAACAGUGUCGGAGUUCAAAAAGGUUGGAGUUCGGAGCGAGUUCCGUCGCACACGCAUACGAACCGGAGGCAGGUGUCUGCGGCUCUGUUGCCGUUCAAUAACGGGAGGACCUUGCCGUCCAAGUGGGAAGAUGCCGAGAGGUGGAUCUUCAGCCCGGUAUCGGGAGAUGGUGGCAUCAGGCCGGCCUUGCCUCCGCCGCAUAGAAGGCCCAAGGCGAAGAGUGGGCCUCUUGGGCCGCCAGGGAUUGCUUACUAUUCGCUGUACUCACCGGUGGUGUCGAUGUUUGAGGGAGGUAAUGUUGGAAAUUUCAUGCCGAGCUCGCCGUUUUCUGCUGGGGUGAUGACGGCGGAUGGAUUGGCGGUGCCAUUUGACGGCCGUGGCGUAGCGGUUUCGGCUCAAACAGAGCCUUGCAUGGCUCGUUCAGCGAGCGUGCACGGGUGUACUGAAGUGCUAGGCCAGUCAUCCUUGCUUGAUUCUCUAGAUGAGAAUCUUGAUAGCAUUAAGGAUGCAGCUACCAACAUUUCAUUUUCUGUGUCAAGAAGGGAUAUGGCAACCCAAAUGAGCCCCGAGUCUAGCACCCACUCAUCUCCCAAAAGGAGGCCUUCUUUCACUCCUACUCUCUCCGUCACACCUAUUCCAGAGGGUGCUCAUUCAUCUAGAUUGGAAGUCAGGGAUGUGCAGGUAGAUGAACGUGUUACUGUGACAAGGUGGUCGAAGAAGCAUAAAGGUCGAAUUCCUGGGAAAAGCUCUGAGAAUGUUGAUGACUGGAAAAAGAAGGCUGUGGGUGCCCAAUCUUCAACUUGGGAACUUUCGGAGACAGCAAAGAGCAUUUCAAAGGUAAAAAGGGAGGAAGCCAAGAUCACUGCAUGGGAGAACCUACAGAAAGCAAAAGCAGAGGCAGCCAUUCGAAAACUAGAGAUGAAAUUGGAAAAGAAGCGAUCAUCCUCGAUGGAUAAAAUUAUGAACAAGCUGAGAUCAGCUCAGAAGAAAGCUCAAGAAAUGAGGAGCUCAGUGUUAGUCAACCAGGCCCAUCAAGUUGUCAAGACUUCCCAUAAGGCUUUAUCAUUCCGUAGGACACGUCACAUGGGUUCACUGAGUGGCUGCUUUACCUGCCAUGCUUUCUAAUACCUCAUCCAAUCUUCUGUUCUCCGGUUUCUCGGCCUUUAACAAUAGCUACUACUAGCUAUUCAGUACAGCAAGCUCUGUGCAAUACGCCAAUUAUGAAGACAUAGUUGUUCAUCAUUGGUAUAAUUAUAUGCUGCCUGGUCAGAACUCAUGUUAUCUUGUCGGAAUUCAUGUUAUCUAGUCAUAACUCAAUUCAACAUCCAAUCGGCAACAAGCUUUUUUAAUUUGUUCAUGGUUUUGUUUGUUUCUACAUGGCAUCCAAAGCCUGUCCAUGCGAUCUAUAAAUGUAUUUUGGUGCCAACAAAAGGUGUAUUUGCCAUGGAGCAGAAGAUGGUUAUUCAGUAAAAAAUCCGAAAAGAGUGCAAAGCAGAUGACUGAAUGCAUUACAGCACUGGGAACGUACCGUUUUGACACUAAGUGGCAAGAAAUGAUGCGCCAAUGGCCCAUACACAUUUCAAGAUGUGGGAGGGAUUUUGAUUGCAGCGUCAGCCUCUCAGGUACUCACGGUGUUCAAAAGAAGAUAAAUAGAAAAGGAUUUGUCUAAAUAAUGAAUGUAUGUAUAUGUACCUAUAUCAAACUUCAGCAUCAUCUCUACUUGUGGUUGCCCCCUCUUGAAUGGGAUUACAGUAAAUUCAUUUGAGUUGGCUUUAUAUUUAAUGGAAGAUAUUUGUAGGAUGGAUCUCAA